AUGAUGGCCGUUGUGCACGAUCUUGCAGAGUCGAUCGUCGGUGACAUAACUCCCCUUGACCCGAUCACUCCUGAAGAAAAAGCAGAAAAAGAAAGAAAUGCAAUUCAGUCUAUUUGUAAUUCUUUAGAUUCCAAACGCGCACAAGAACUCAUCGGCCUCUGGGAGGAAUAUGAAAGAGGAGAAACCCCUGAGGCGAUGCUUGUCAAGGAUGCAGAUAAGCUGGAUAUGAUUACGCAGGCAUUUGAAUACGAAAAGCGUCAUGGAGUUUGUCUUGAAGAGUUUUUUAUUUCAACUGAAAAAAUAUUUAAAACGCCGGCGUUUAAAACCCUCAACGAAAACCUUCGAAAAUCGCGGAGCGCGUUUUUUAGCGAUAACCCCAAAGCCCAGGCUAAACCCUAA